CGCGUCUUUUGGCAGCGCGCAUAUAUCCUUCAAUUGUCGUCGUCGGCCUCGGCGUGGUUCACCCCGGCAUAGAGCGCAUCGCCUUUCGCUGCGACGACGAAGACAUUGAUCUCCCACGCCGGGUAGAUCGCUUAAGGGCUGUUGCUAUCGAGAACCGAGACCGGUGCACGGUGCACGACAACACGACAGUAGUGUUAUCUUCCGCCUUGGUGCAAAACUAUCACCAUCAUGUCUUUCUUCAAGAAAGUAGCAAGCGCGGUAGACAAGGUGGUCGACAAGACCGAGGAUGGGCUGCAUCACGCCAGGGAAACCGCUAUCGGCUACAUAAACCCGAACAGACGUCAUGACGAUCCUGAGGAGAAAAUGCAGGACGAAGUCCGUGCAGAGAUCAACAAGAGCCAUCGCUUUGAGAGCUUCGCUAACCAGAGAUCCGACAACAUCAUCAAAUGGCACAUUGACGGCCACGACUACAUGUACGCGCUCUCGGAGAUGCUGGACAGCGCCAAGGAAGCGAUCUUCAUCCUAGCGAGUACUCAGCUUUUUGACUGGUGGCUUACCCCCGAGCUUUACCUUCGUCGUCCUCCUGCUGCUCAUCCUGAAUGGCGACUCGACCGAGUGCUGCAACGCAAGGCGGAAGAAGGCGUCAAGGUCUACGUAAUUGUGUAUAAAGAGGUCACUCAGACCAUGUCCAUGAGUUCGGCCCAUACAAAGCACGCUCUCGAGGCUCUUCACCCCAACAUUGCCUGUAUGCGUCACCCCGACCACAUUGGAUCUAAGGACGACGUCGAAUAUUGGUCGCAUCACGAGAAGCUCGUCGUAAUCGAUAACCACCGAGCCUGCGUUGGCGGUCUCGACCUCUGCUUCGGGCGUUGGGACACGCAUAACCACCCUCUUGCCGAUGCCCACCCGCUCGACUUCAGCAAGACCCUGUUCCCCGGACAAGAUUACAACAACGCGCGAAUCGUUGACUUCCAAGAUGUCUCCAACUACCUCAAUAACACCAUCAGCGUGCUGGAGAGCGCUAGGAUGCCAUGGCAUGAUGUUCAUAUGACUCUGUUUGGUGAUGUGGUCCUUGAUCUGGUGCAACACUUUACCGAGCGAUGGAACGAAGUCAAAAAGCGCAAGUACAGACACGAUGAGCGUUACGACUGGCUAGCCCUACCGCACAAGAUUGAAGUCGCCCCCAACGAGGCUGUUGUUCGUCAUCCGCACCGCGAGAAAUGGCAUCAGAUGGGCAGGCAGUGGAAACAGCAUUUCCACCUGUUCGAAGGGGAGGAAGUCGAUGACGACUGCCCUCCGCCCAAGGGAACGUGCCGCGUACAAGCAGUGCGGAGCGUCAGUGACUGGAGUCAUGGCGUGCUGACAGAACACAGUGUCCAGAAUGCUUACUGCCAACUUAUUCGAGAGGCGAACCAUUACAUAUACAUUGAGAAUCAGUUCUUUAUCUCCUCCACUCAAGACACCGGACCUAUUAAGAACCAGAUCGCCAAGGCGCUUACGGAGCGCAUCAUCCGCGCCGCGCAGGACGGUAUCAAGUUUAAAGUUGUCGUCGUCAUCCCCGAGGUGCCCGGAUUUGCAGGCGAUGUCAAGAACGAGAGUUCAGUCCAGAUCAUUAUGGCAGGACAAUACCGUACUAUCAAUCGGGGCGGCAACAGUAUCUAUGAGGAGAUCCGUAAGGCGGGAUUCGAGCCUAUGGAUUACAUCCGUUUCUAUCAUCUCCGGGCCUUUGACCGUAUCCACGGACCGUACGAAUCCCUGAUCAAGAAGAUGACCGACAACAGUGGUGUCAGCUUCCAUGAAGCUAUGGUUGCGCUGUCGCGGCAGUGGAUCGGCGAGCAGAUGGACGAGGGCCAAAAAGCCCCUACCGAAGUAACCGUCGUCCUCCCGCAGCCGACUUUGCAGGGGGUUGUCGUCACCGGCAAGCAGACGGAGGUGAAGAAGGAGACCGUGCGGAUCCCACAGAGCGCCGAGGAAGCCAAGCAGAUCAUCGAGCGAUUCGAACAUGGCGCGGCGGACUUGCAGGAGGAACGAGAGGUGGCGGAUAACGUGGUGCAGCACAUGCUUGAGGACAGUACGAAUCUCGACCAAGAGAAGUGGCUGGGCACGGAGGAAGAGGAGCUGCAAGCUUAUGUCUCCGAGCUGCUCUACAUUCACUCUAAGGUCAUGAUCGUGGACGAUCGUCGAGUCAUUAUGGGUUCUGCGAACAUCAACGAUCGCUCGCAAAAGGGAGAUGGCGAUUCAGAGAUCGCGCUCGUCGUUGAGGACGAUGACAUGUUCGAGACCACCAUGGACGGCAGACCGUACAUGGCCGCCCGGUUCGCUGCCUCUCUUCGGCGGAAGCUAUACAAAGAGCAUCUCGGUCUGAUCAAGCCGCAAUGGUGCGAUCGCAACGAAGAGGUGACCAGCUUCAUGCAACCUGCCCCCAUUCCCAACGAGAAUGAAAUUGGCACGCCCGAGGACAACGCUGUCGCGGAUCCGCUCUCCGAAGAAACUGAUCGCCUAUGGAACGAGACCGCGAAGACGAACCGCGAGAUCUUCACGGAGAUCUUCCGGCCCGUGCCCACGAACUUGAUUAGGGACUGGAAUGCGUAUGCGAACUACGUUCCCAAAGUGAAGACCGGUCACGUCGCCCCUGGUAUCCCACUGCAGCGCGUUAAGGAGCGCCUGUCCCAGGUCCGCGGAGCACUGGUCGAGAUGCCUUUGGACUUCUUGAUUGACCAGAAGGACUUCACCGAGAACGCCACAUGGUCAACAUUCAACCCGACGCUGCCCGUGUACAUUUGAAACAACUUCAAAGGGACAUAAUGUUAUUGUACACGUAUGCGGUGUUUUUUGUUACAUUGGAAAUGAUAAUUGUCGUCGAGGUAUUUUUAUGAUGUACUUGUAAUCCACGAAUGUGACAAACGCGAGUCUAAAAGGAGGAAGAAACGAGCGUGAGGAUGCGGGAUAUAUGCUCCAUGGAAAUUAAUCUAUCUGCAGCUAUGAUGACGUCUAUAUGAAACCAAUGUUCAAGAAAUGUAUGGAUAGGAGAGUAGCUGGAGUCCAUAAACCCUUUGGUGGGCAGGCCAUUGCAUAAUAAGCCCAUGGCGCAAGCUUUCACAAGCUGAAGAUACCGGAUUGACGUUUGCGGCUUGGCACUGGGUAAACAACGACGAGGGAGACACCCAAGCCGACUGCAAGGCCGAUAGAGACGGAGAUAAGCUGGAGGCCGGUCUGGAAACCCGAAAGGUAUGAAUUGCUGUUGCCCGAAUUGGACUCGUUGGCAAACGUGAGCAGGCCGCCAUUUCCCAGACCAGAGGGAAGUUGGAACAGAAUGCCCGUGAUCAUGAUGGUGAACGCGUUCCAACGGAACAGUCGCCCAAUCAGGUUGGCGAUGAAUCCAACAGCGAAUGCACCGACAGCAGAGCUGACAUCGGUCUGGUUCGGGAACUGCUUGCCCACGAAAUGAUUGGUCGCCCAUCCAGCGCAGGAAAUGAGUAUCAGGAAAAGAAGUUCCUUCCUGUUGUAUGGUGCCUGUUGCCGCAUACUCAGGAAUAAAGAGUACAUGGGUACCGUAAGGAAAGCCCACCACGUGGAUGCCGUGCGUUGAUACCAAGGCCCGUUCGCGUCGUGGGACUGAGCGCAUGCAUAAUCUUCCGGGCCAUAAACAGUCUGGCCCGUAAUUUUCUCAUAAAUUUGAGCGCCGAUCGCGAGACCAAAACCGAGGAACAGGGAGUAAAUGAGCGCGUAGCACAUUCGUACCGAGCCCGAGAUAAUGUUCCGCGAGGUCAACUCGAGGGCACCGGACAGAACGAUGUAGCCAGGAAGGAUGAGCACAACAGAGCUAGAGGCAACGGCGGAGUAGCAGAAUACCCGUGAAUUAGCCAACGCCGCCGACACGAAACUGAGCAAGGUUGCGAUAGUAAUCUCAAAGACGUUGGAGUACAGUUCGUUCCUCGCCGAAAACAGCUGCACCGCGACCAAAAACGCACCCAAUGGGAACGACACCAACGCGUCGAUGAACGAUCCCGAAAAGCUGACAGUGCAGAUCGCAGACGAGCAAAACCCGCCGACCAAAACCAGCUGCCAGAAGUUGUAGUACGGCUUGCGGGUCAUGAUCUCGUCCAGCGCUGCGCUCGCCUCUCUGACCGACAUUUCGUCGUGGAUGACGUUGAAGUGGAGCUCAUAAGCGUCUUGCAGCUUGCCAACGUCGAGCGCACUGCCCUGGCGAAUCAGAUUGACAUUGGAAGUGCUCGUCGCAGUGUCGUCGAAGGAGAUGAGUAUCACGUCCGGCAGGUACAUGCACGAGAGCGGGAUCUCGAGCACGCGUCCGGUGGCUUGCACCUGAGCCUGCAGGCGGUUGGACGGCCCGCCGAACAUCAUCAUCGCGCGCGCAAACUUGAGGAUGAACUCUUGGCGCUGGAUGAUUUGCUCGACGUGGCGGGUGAUGAAAAUCUCGGCCUUCUUUCGUUUACGCUUCCGCUCACGCCGCUCCUUAUCUUCCCGCCUCUCUUCCUUCGUCUUCUCCUUCGACAUAAAGUAGCUGUCGCUCUCCGCAACAGAGUACGGUGUCCCUGGCCCGCUUGGGGAUGGCAUCCCCGACCAAGCAGUGAAAGUCUUUGGCUUGGGUAGGUCCUUAAGGAUGCCGGUCCACGGUGUCCGCCGCCCACCGCCUGGAGUAGGGGGCAGAGACUGUGACUCGGUCAUUUUUUUGAAUGGUGGCAAGGGUAGCUCGAGCUCCGACACCCCGGAGCUCGCCGUGAGCACUGCGUCGCGGACGGUGUCCGUCGUGGACGAGGGCGAGAUGGACCGCGGACCGGGCGGUGGGAUCAGACCCGGGGAGGUGUCGCCCAUGAGCCCGUCCGAGCCGCCGAGUACAGGAUGGCUCUGUGACCGCGAGAGCGUGUUGGUUCGGGUCAUCAUCGACGACGAGCUCUGCUGCCGCUGCUUCAUCGGAUCGCUGGCGUCGAUGGAGUAGCGGGAAAGGUGGAAGCCGGAGCGUUUAAUGUUCGGGGCGAGAGUACUGGGUACCGGCGCCGCGACACCGGAGAUGUUGCCCGUGCUGGCGACGAGCGCGCCGAACACACCGGCAGCGUUGCGCUCUGGGGCUGGUCGUUCGCCUUUGAAAGCGUUGCGCAUGACCGAUGCGGAGGCGGAAAACGUGUGGGAAAGGCUAUCGGGGAAGAUCAUGCUAGAAGGGCGGGAAUUGGUGCGAGAGGGUGAUCUGGAGUGGUCGCGAGAACUAGGGCGAGAACCUGAGACAGAGGGAGUCGAGGGCCCAGAGUCAGGGUGUUCGUAGAGUGUAAGGAGGGCGGACAACAUUCCCAUGCCGCCCAUGCGGCGGCGAGGAGACGCAGCGUCAAUUUGAGCGUCGCGUUCGACGUCAGGCUCCGGGGCGCUAUCCGAGCGGCGAUGCCGUCGUCGUAUCCUUUGCUUCUCGGCCUCGCCGCUGGUAGUGGCUUCCGAGUCGUCGUGGGCGUGGUGUCCAAAGGCAAAGUGGGAGAAAAAGCCGCGCUUGUGGGCGCGAACGUACUUGUGCGCGGUAGUUUUGCUGUAGGCGUCGAGGUCCGUCCCGGGAAGGCCGGCACGCUCGUUGGGGUCGAUGUAGUUUUCGCCGGGGACCUGCUCGGAGAGAUCGGGAUGCGGCGCUUCUGGAUCCGGGGUAGACACUAUGCUAGCCACCACUGAAAGAGGAUGAGUCUCGGUGGCGUGUGUUGGUGGUGUCUCUCGAUGGCGUUCGAGAGCUUCAGUCAAAGUUCGUAAAGCGUGAGGGUCGAGGCCGUGCUCGUCCAGCGCGUGGGUGGAACUAGCAUGGCUUGCAGCGUCACCCCGAAGUUCGUGCGCCCACUGGACUUUGCGAGGUGUCUUCGUUCCGCCGUUGCUUCUGGCCGUGCCUCCGGGAGGUCUGUCGCCAGCCGAGCGAUCUCCCGAGCCAUUAGCCGAGGAAUGAGUGCCCGUCGGCUGCGGGAUGUCUGCGAGGUUUGACUCAGACAUGGACGAAGAUGAAAGACAAGGAGCAGAGGGAGGACGAGGACGUCUUGAUCUGCGCGCGGGGCUCUUUGGG